UGGGUAAGGUCGAAGGUGCCACGCUCUAAUGCACAAGUAGCCAUGGCAGAGAAAGAGACCAACCAGGGAGGCGAGGAGGGAGAUAGAGGAGAGCUAGUAGACUCGGUUGGACGCUCAAAGUCGGGUUCUGCCUCCCCCACGGCCGAGGAGAAGCCGCGCUUCCCCGAGCUCGCGGUGUCUGGCGAAACUACCGCAGGAGAGAGAGGAGAGACGGGUGUCGCUGGGGGAGAGGCGGCGGAGGGAGAGGAGAAAGCGAGGGACAGCGAGAAGAAGAGGAGGAGGAAGAACGAUGGCGGAACUUCGGACUCCAGUGGCAAGAAAAGAUUCAAUCUGCGAGAGGAGAUGAGUGAGGUGAAGACGGUGCUGGAGGGGGAGGGAGAGGACGGGACCAAGUGCAACAUCCUCCAUCGCCGCUACCAGUCCCUAGUCAGGGAGUACAAGAGACUGGAGAGACGACUUGUUGAAUGUCAGAAGAAACAACUUGAGGUGGCGCAGCAUCGAGACAUCAUUCAGAACGAGUAUGCGAGAGCCAACCUAGCCCGGAGCAAGCUGGAGAACCUCUGUAGAGAACUCCAGAAACACAGCAAACAAGUGGCCGAGGAGAGUCGGCAGAGAGCGAGGGAGGAAGAGGAGAGGAGGAGAGAGGUGUCUGGGAAAUUUCAGACGACCAUCAACGAGAUCACGAUGAAGAUGCAGGAGCAUCAUCAGAGGAACCAGUCACUGCAGCAUGAGAACAUAGAGCUGGCAAGCAAAUUGAAACAACUUGCAGAACAGUACGACUCUAGAGAGGAGCAAUUUGAGAAGAUCUUGCACCAGAGGCAUCUGGAGGUGCAGCUGUCAGAGGCAAAACUGGCCCAACACAAUGUAGUGGCAGCUGAGGAGAAGGAACUCAGCCUUCAAGAGAGACAUCAGCUGCUGAGAGAGAGUCUGGAGCAGCAGCGGAGGUGCGAGCAACUGACGAGGCAGGAGGCGGAGCUUCGUGGACAGCUGGCCCUAUACUCUGAGAAAUUUGAGGAAUUUCAGGGAACACUGACCAAAAGCAACGAAGUCUUCAACACCUUCAAGAAAGAGAUGGACAAGAUGUCAAAGACAAUUUCAGUGCUAGAAAAAGAAAUGGCAAUGUGGAAAACUAAGUACGAAAAGUGCAACAAGGCACUUAUCGACACGGCUGAAGAGGUACUGUAUUACUAUGACAUCAUCACGUUUACAUAGUUGGUUACACAGAGGCUGCACCAUGAGCGACAGGCGCACGUGAUCCGAGUGAGGAACGAGAGACUGGAGAAGUUGUGUCGGGCUCUGCAGGCAGAGAGAAACCAACUGCAGGAACAGAUCAGGAAGCAGGCGGAGGUAGAGAGAGAGGAGAGUGGGUCCUCUGACCAACAGCCAUCACUGGAGACUAAGUCCUCCACUGACAGUUCUCCACCGCCAGACGUCACAACCUCUCCACCCUCACCACCACAUCAGAGUGACGACAGGGAGAGUGGGGAGGAAGAAAAUGGGAGUCUUGGCAACAAAAGUCUAUAGCAUUCUCUAUCAUUUUCGUUUGUAUAUAUAUAUAACAUUAUUCGGCACAAAAGAAACUCCUAGUAUGGAAUAUGCAGUAGAACGUAAGAAAACGUGGCGAUUUGAGUUUGAUCCUGCAGCAGAUGAUUGUGAAGCCCUGUGUUGUACAUGGCAAAGUUCCAUCCUAACUGUUUGAGAGUGUGUUGACAUUGGUCAGAAGACAGUUGUUGGCUUGGUCCCUAGCAGCUCUCUCAUUCUCUCCCCAGCCAUGUCCAGUAAUUGGGUAGGACACACCCCCUACUCCAUCCACGCUCGCUACACAACAUACCGACUUCUGUAGAGGCAGAUGAGGGGGGAGUCAAUUAAAGAUGGUGUCCAAAAAAAUUGCAUCUCACCGCCUCUCCAUGAGAACUCCAGAAGUGGUAUUUCGGGGACAAAGAGGCCAGUUUAGAUGCCACUACGUCAUCAUCCACCGCUCUGGGAAGAUCGGGGGUCACUGGUUUUGCGACUCUCGGGGGCGCGGGGGCCGUCACUAGUUUGUUGGAACCGCGCUUGUCCAUCUUUCUCAGCAUGUCCCUGGCCGCUGCCUCCUUUGCGCUGCUCUUGCUGUUGCCCUCUCCCUCUGUGGAGAGGUCCGGAAUCUUCCCUCCUCCCUGCACCUGGCAACGGACCCUGAACGACCGGGCCGCGGGGAUGGUCUCGAUGUACGUCGGCGGAGAUAGAUGCACGGCUUGUAGUCGUUCUUGUAGAGCGGCGACUGGACUUUUCCCGCUGGGACUGGGGGAUGCUGGAGACGGGGAGCGAUGAGGGGAGCAGCGAGUUGGGUGCACAGCUGCCGACACACUCUCCAACUGCGUCCUCGCUGCAGGUCGCGAGUUUGCGGGAGAGAGGGAGGGUCCGCGGUGCGGCGGGCUCUCCGCAGUCCCUCCUCCUCUUCCCUGUAGCGUCUGGAGCAUCUUUCUAGCUGCUAGUUUCUCGGCUUCCUUCUUCUUGCCCCGAACCUCCGCUACCUCGCAGAGUCGCCUGCCGUCAGCACACUUCACCGUCACCGUGCAUUCGACUACUGGACAAUUAGGAGGCCCCGAGGAUUUCACAUGGUAAUAAGGCAGGGGGAGCCCUCUCCCUUGGAAUAUCUCUUGCAAACGGUUCUUUGCGUCAUCCAUACUCCAGCCAGAACAGUAGUAGCUAUAGUACAACCGUUGCUCUUAUCUUCAACCUAUCUGGAGUUCCGCUGUAGAAUGCUAUCAGUAGCUAGAACUCUCUC